UUUAAUUUGCUUUUUAAAAACAGUUUAUUACACAAUCUCUCUGUGUUUUUUCUAUCUCUCUCUUUCUUCUUCCACUCGUGAAAGAAAGACCAGAGAGUUUUCUCCUGAUCCACACAACAACAACAACACAGAGAUCCCAAAUCCGGAAGAUAUCUUCUUCUCUCAUAACUCAGUUUACUCAGAUUCACUGAAACAUACAAUUAAGUUAACCGUCAGUCUCUCACCUGCAGCAAAAUUCACUCUUCUGCUAAUAAUGUUCUCCACAGAGAUUCAUCUAUUGAUCAUUUUGACUUUUUCAGGUAAAGUAAAUUUUUAUUUCUCUUUUCGGUCUAGUAAAGUUUUACUCAAACAUAGAAAGUUACGAUUUUUUUUUUGUUUUGUUUUCCAUGGAAAAAUUCUCGGCAUGCAAAAACUUUUUUUUUUUUCCUAAAAAAGUAUUUACCUUUUCCUUUUUUUCUCCAACUCUUUUUCUUAAAGUGUUAAUUUUUUUUCUUCUUGUAAGCACGCGAGCGAGAAGAAAACAAAAAAAUGAAUAGAGUAGUAACUUUUUAUACUAUUUCUCUUUUAAAAUUUUUGGUAUUUACUGGUGUUUCGCAGGAACCAGAGAUGAAAAAUUAUAGUUAAGGUUAGUAGUAGUAGAUAGGUUUAAUAAAUUUGUAGUUAAGUAACCCAAAAAAAUAACAUUAAACUAAAAUCCAACACUAGAAACCAGAGAGACCCUCUUAACGACAACAACCUCUCUGUACACAAGACAACAAACACUCUCUACAAAAACACUACUCUUUCCUUCUUCUUCUCUCUACUCUAUUCUAAUUCUAAAGAGAGAGAGAAAAGCUAUGGAUGGAUAUGAAGCUACUAGGAUUGUGCUCUCUAGAAUCCAAAGCUUAGACCCUGAAAACGCAUCAAAGAUCAUGGGUCUUCUCCUUCUUCAAGAUCACGGUGAAAAAGAGAUGAUAAGGCUAGCUUUUGGUCCAGAGACUCUUGUUCACUCUGUUAUAGUGAAAGCCAAGAAAGAGUUAGGUCUCAUGAACUGUUCAAGGUCUCCGUGGAGUCAUCAAGAUGAGUUGAUUAGCCCUAAGAACAACCGUGGCUCUUCACUCAAUCCAGCUUCUUUGCCCUUUUACGCUAAUGGAGGAAGAUCUUCUAGGGAUUUAACCAACGAUUUCGAGCUCAUGGAUGAUAUGAACUCCAGAAGUACUGAUUUUUUGGGCUCUGUGCAUGCGAGAAGCGGUAGCUGCGUUUUGGACGGUUUAGGGUAUGGUGGUGAUUCUGAUUUAGGGUUUGGAGGUGUGCCCUGUUCUUACUUCGCUAGAGGCUUCUGCAAAAACGGAGCUAGCUGCAGAUUCGUCCACAGUGAUGGAGGAGCUGAUUUGGUUGGCUCCCCAAGCAGAAUCGAGCUUCUUAGGUCUAACUCGGUACCCCCAAGACUUGCUCACCACUUCAUGACUCGCUCUUCUCUCCCUUCUUUUUCAACUAAAGGUGUUAACUUGCAGCAAAACGAUGUUCAAAGAGCUGCUGCUGCUUUGAUGAUAGGAGAUGAAUUGCAGAAGCUUGGAAGAUGGAGACCUGAAAGGAUUGAUCUUUCUGCUAUGGCUUGUCCAGCUUCAAGACAGAUCUAUCUGACAUUCCCUGCCGACAGUAGGUUCAGGGAGGAAGAUGUGUCCAAUUACUUCAGUACUUUUGGACCAGUUCAAGAUGUGAGGAUACCAUAUCAGCAAAAGAGAAUGUUUGGUUUUGUGACAUUUGUGUACCCUGAGACUGUUAAGAGCAUUCUCGCCAAAGGGAAUCCUCACUUUGUGUGUGAUUCCAGAGUUCUUGUCAAGCCUUACAAGGAGAAAGGCAAAGUCCCUGACAAAUACAGAACUAACCAAACAACAGAGCGAGAACUGUCCCCAACAGGCCUUGAUUCUAGCCCUAGGGACGUUCUAGGAGGGAGAGGGUUUUAUAACAACACUCAAGAUGUGUUGUGGAGGAGUAAGUUUGAAGAAGAGAUUCUUGAACUUCAGAGCAGAAGGCUGAUGAAUCUGCAGCUUCUUGACGUCAAGAAGCAUUUCCAACUCAAUUCCCCUACCAACAUUCACUCUCCGAAUCCUUUCAGCCAAUCACUUAUAUCUCCACGCCCAUUGUCCGUGAUCAAGAGAGAGUAUGAUGGAGGAGAGAAAGGGAAAGGAAGUUCUAAAGAAGGAUCUGAUGAUGAUACAAUGAAUCUACCAGAGAGGUUGGAGGAUAGCUUGCCAGAUAGUCCGUUUGCAUCGCCCGCUCAUCAUUUGCUUCUGUUUGCUGAUUCUGCUGACAAUAACGGAUCGGAUCUGUGGUCGCCUUCUUCUGAUAAUGAUGAUAAUUCUACUCCUUCUACACUCUCCGACUCCUUCAACUCUUUCAACUACCAAAUGCCAAGGUUACCGGCGAUUGGAAUGUUACCCGGUAGGGGUGGACCAACCUGUCGUGUUGGGAUAUAAACAGGAAGUGAAGUAAGAAAAGAAAAAAACUGAUAAAAUAGAGAGACCCUUAAUAACCAAAAAGAUGCAGAGGUGUAAAAAAUAAAAAGCAGGAAAUUUGAUGUAAGAGAUAGGAGAAGAGAAAGAAGGAAGAUUGUUGUACCAUUUCUCUAGUUUUAAUGUGUUAUGUGAUGAUGGACCACACAAGAUGAUGUAAUAUGAUAUGAUAUGAUAUAUAUAAUAUAGGACAAGAAGUGUAAUCUCUCUAAAGAUAUACAAAAGAAAAGAGAGAUUAUCAUUUGAGUUUGAAAAGUCAAUAUGUUCUUGUCCGUGCUAGUUAUUACCCUCUCACUCUAACUACUCUCCAACUUGGGAAUCCAGAGAUAUCAGCUUUUGGUGAUUUUUUCUUCAACUAUAAUUUUUGAUUUCUAGGUUAUGCAUCUUUGUCCUUAAUAAAUGCAACUUUGGUGAGGUGGAAAGUGUAAAAAGAGUAGGUGAUAUAUCCAUGGUUAUUACCGUGAUUUAAGGCAAAGAAAAGAAGAAUGUUAUGAACGUAUGGUCGUAUUAUUGCAUGUAAAGACUA